ACUGAGCGCAGGGACCCACCUUACAAUGUAAGCGAAAACCUCCGAUGGAAUCCAAGGAGCGGGAGGAAUUGGCGGCAAACCAAACCCUCUCGCUCUCCUCCUCCUCCUCCUCCUUUCAUCCGCUCCCUCCCUCACAAAACGGAAACCCUAGCAGCACACCAUGCCCGACCUCCCCUGUGACGGCGAUGGCGUCUGCAUGGUAUGCCGUGCCGCCGCGCCGCCCGAGGUUGACCUCCUCCGAUGCUCCACCUGUGCCACCCCAUGGCACUCCCCCUGCCUCUCCAAGCCCCCCGCCCUCUCCCACGCCGCCCAGUGGAACUGCCCCGACUGCUCUGGCGAUGCUGCCCCCGCGCUCGUCCCUGCCCCCGGAGGCCGCCUCGUCGCCGCCAUCCGCGCCAUCGAAGCCGAUAAUACCCUCUCCGACCAGGACAAGGCGCGACGCCGCCAGGCGCUCCUUGCCGGCGAGGCCCCCGCCGCCGCCGACGACGACGCAGCGGACGAUGUCCUCGAGAUGGUCGGCAAAAACUUCAGCUGCGUCUUCUGCAUCAAGCUGCCCGACCGCCCCGUCACAACACCCUGUGGCCAUAACUUCUGCUUGAAAUGCUUCCAAAAGUGGAUUCAGAAUGGAAAAAGGACAUGUGGGAAAUGUCGGGCACAGAUCCCUGCCAAAAUGGCUCAGCAGCCAAGAAUUAACUCUGCACUAGUUGAAGCUAUACGGAUGGCCAAGAUUUCAAAGAAUGCUAACUCAGCCGGCUCAGCAGCUCUGUAUCAUUAUAUACGGAACGAUGAUAGACCUGACAAGGCAUUUACAUCCGUGAGAGCUAAGAAAGCUGGAAAAGCGAAUGCUUCGAGUGGCCAGAUCUUUGUGACUAUUGCGCCUGAUCAUUUUGGCCCCAUUCUUGCAGAAAAUGAUCCCAAAAGGAAUAUUGGUGUUCGAGUAGGGGAAACAUGGGAAGACCGACUUGAAUGCAGGCAAUGGGGUGCUCAUUUUCCUCAUGUAGCUGGUAUUGCUGGCCAGUCCACAUAUGGGGCUCAGUCAGUAGCGCUCUCGGGAGGGUAUGAAGAUGAUGAAGACCACGGGGAGUGGUUUCUUUAUACUGGAAGUGGUGGGAGAGAUCUAAGCGGGAACAAGCGAACAAACAAGGAGCAAUCCUCUGAUCAGAAAUUUGAGAAGCUGAAUGCUGCUUUGCGUAUUAGUUGCUUGAGGGGUUACCCUGUCAGGGUUGUGCGGUCCCACAAAGAGAAGCGUUCUUCAUAUGCUCCUGAAUCUGGUGUGAGGUAUGAUGGAAUUUACAGAAUUGAGAAAUGCUGGAGGAAGAUUGGUAUUCAGGGUACGUUCAAAGUCUGCAGGUAUCUCUUUGUACGCUGUGACAAUGAACCAGCCCCCUGGACCAGUGAUGAUCAUGGUGACCGUCCGAGGCCAUUGCCCAAGAUUAAGGAGCUACAAGGUGCAACUGAUAUAACUGAGAGGAAAGGACGUCCUUCAUGGGACUACGAUGAGAAAGACGGUUGGAAAUGGAUGGUGCCUCCGCCAAUCAGCAGGAAGCCUAUUCUCACUGGGGAUUCUGAGACUGACAAGCAAGUACGGAGAGUAGCAAGGCGUGCUCAUAUGUCCGUGGCUGAAAGACUGCUGAAAGAGUUUGGUUGUUCUAUCUGCCGGAAAGUUAUUAAAGAACCACUUACUACUCCCUGUGCUCAUAACUUUUGCAAGACUUGUUUGCUUGAUGCAUAUGAUAGCCAGUCCUCUAUGAGAGAAAGAAGCCGUGGUGGUCGGACUCUAAGGGCUCAGAAGAUUGUGAAGAAGUGCCCUUCCUGCCCAACUGACAUCUGUGACUUCCUAGAGAAUCCACAGAUAAACCGAGAAAUGAUGGAUCUAAUUGAGUCUUUGCAACGGAAGGCUGUUGAAGAAGGUGACACCAAGGUGGCUUCAGAUGGUAGUAAUGAAGCUGAGGAAUGUGGUGAUGGUGACUCGGAGGAAAAUGAUGGUGCUUUGGCAAAGGAAGACGAUGACAGCAGCUUGAAUGAGGAAGAGCAAGAUAGUGCUGAGGAUAAGAAGACGGAGUGCCCCAAUGUUGAUUCAAAUGUUAAUAUUGAUAGUUCUGUCAAAAUUGUGGUUGAAGUCAAGGAAGCUGGAAAAGAUGAUAAGAAGAUCAAGACGAGUGCAGCUGAACUGGUGGCUGUGUUAGUUGAAGAAGACGUUGUGAAACAGAUCAAGAAGGAUUCAAAGGAGGUUGAAAAGAAAGAAAAUGAGAAGCGCAAGGGUGACACUGAGAUUGUCACAAAUGCUGCUAAAAGGAUGAAGGCCAGUGCUGCCGUGGAAGAGAUUGCUGUGUGCGGCACUCCUGUCAAACAGAACAGGAAGAGUGGUGAGGCGGAUGGUAGUCCUGCUGUGAGCAGCGGUCGCAGGGUGACUCGGAGCAGCGCGAAUGCUUGUGAAGCUGAUGAUAGCCCUGCUAGAAGGACCAGAAGCCGUGCCAGGGCUGAUGGCGGUUGCUGAAGGUGGUAGAAAGAGGCGGCGGAGGAGCGCAGGAUGCUGAUGGCGCGGAAGCAGAAGCCACAUCUUGUUGAAGGCUCCACUUUUUAGGGGAAGUUUGCUUUCUUUUGGGUGAUUUGUGUACCCUACUCUUGCGGGAUGUAAGGGGGAACUGGAUUGCGUGCACUUCAGGAAACCGAUUAGGGAUGCCUGGAUGUUCGGUUGUUUAUCGGAGACGUUUAAACUAUUUAAGUUACCAGCUCCAUUGGAUGAACAAUCGCUGUCUCCAAUUGGAAUAUAUAUGCCUAUGACUAUGCUCUCU